AUGAUCCCCGAGCCUAUUGAUCCUGCACUUCUUCGAGAACAUGCAUUCCAAGAUAUAGGGGAUUUGAAUAUUGUGUUGUCUAAGGAAACGUACACAGAGUUUGGAGGGUUCAAGUCCAUUUUCAAAUAUGGACUGGGAUAUUUUAAUUAUACCUUUGGCCUCAGUCGCGAAGUCCACGAACGGAACAUUCCAAGCAUGUUGAGGUCUCAUGUCUUGGAGCACUACGGAGCUUACAGCUCUGCAGCGGUGGUUUUGGCAGUGCUAUGUUACAUAGCUCUCAUGCAGGUCCAAGGGAGCUAUAUGGGUGCGAGCACGAAGGCCGAAAAGGAUGGAGACGAUGUAUACUACGUGAAGGUUUGA